CUGGUGAAGGCAGGCAAGAAAGAAAAGGAAAAAAAUUGCUUUUUUUUUCCUCCUCCGACACACAAAGCCUCCACCAUCGUGAGCUCAUGAAUAAAUUACAGCAGCCCAUUGUGCAAUAAGCAGGGGAGCCGAUCGUCAGAGGCAGCCGUCUUUCUAGCCGCUCUGCCGUGCACACUGCGGGCUCAAUGCCGCCGCCGUCAGCCGCGGGGGAGAGAGCAGCAGCAACAACACGGGCCCUGCGGGAAGCAGUUGCCGCCGUCAGAUAAAAGAGCCCGAGGAGGCUUGGGCUGUAUUCGCCUUCUUGCUUGUCCACAUACUCACGGAGUCGGUAUGGAGCUCAGGUGUUGAACACCUUCACGCGCUUGAUCUUUUAUCACCACCCCCUCCCCCUUUCUUCUCUGAUUUUUGAGACGAUCACCGGUAAACAACUGAAAGAAAGAAAAGAAGGACGAGGCUAGCACAGGGUGUUUCACGCGCCGGCGGCUACCGCUCCGAGGCUGCCUGAACUUCUGAUGAGUUCCUGAGGUCCCUUGUACGAGUCCCUCACAACUCACCAGUGAUCUGUGACACCAUCCAAUGAAUUCCAUGAACCCGAUGAAACCCACCUUGCCACCAACGCCUCAUAGUGACGGCUCCUUCCCAUAUGACUCUGUUUCGUGGCAGCAAGGCAGCAACCAACCAACAGGAUCACUGUCUGUGGUAACAACAGUGUGGGGCGUGACCAAUAGCUCCCACAGCCAGGUAUUGGGGAACCCAAUGGUCCCUGGAGGAAACUCUGGUGGAAGUCACAUGAUACCAGGCAAUAACCCAGCAAUGAACUCUCCACAGUUCAUGAAUCAACAAGGAUAUGGGGAACCUGUGCCCAGUAAGAGUUACUUGCAACAGGGCAUGUACAGUCGAGGGGGAUACCCUAGUGGACCAGGUUAUGGGGGAAGCUACCCUGGUGCUCCUACUGGUCCUGCUUCUAUGGGCAUGCAACCCCAUGGCGUCCGACCCCCAACAGACUUCACCCAGGCAGCGACAGCAGCUGCAGUGGCUGCGGCUGCUGCAACAGCAACCGCUACUGCCACUGCUACAGUAGCAGCUCUGCAAGAGAAGCAGAAUCAGGAGCUAAGCCAAUAUGGUCCUAUGGGCAAUGCGGCUUCCUAUAACAGCCAGUUUCUGCCCCAUUCGGCACCUCGUGGUCCCCCAGGCAUGGGGCCUUCCAGGCCGUCAAGUCUUGGACCCUUAUAUGCAGCAACACAGGGCCAACGAAUGCAGCAGCACCCUGGCUACCCAGGGCCACCUCAAGCUCAGCAGAUGCCAACCCGAACUCAGCAAGGCCUCAAGAGGCCCUACACUGGAGAGGGUUACCCCGGGCAUCCUUAUGUACCUGGAAAUGCGACUGCUGUGCAGUACCAUACUGCUGCCCCUCAGCGCUCUGCACCCUCGCCUUCAUACCCUGGCCACAGGAUGCCUGUGCAGCAAGGCGCUAUAAAUGUGGGACAGUACCCUUCAGCUCCUGCAAAUUCUGGGCAGUACUACAAGGCAGCCGACCAGUUCAAUGGACAGACAAAUAACCUACCAGGAGGCACUUACGGCAACUUCAACCAGCCAGCUGUUAAUGGGCCUGGCCGUGCAAUGCCGGGGUAUCCCAGCUCCCCUCUGCCAGGUAAUCCAACACCUCCUAUGACACCAGGAACCAACAUCCCACCUUACAUGUCUCCAGGACAAGAUGUAAAGUCCCCCUUUCUACCAGACAUCAAACCCAACAUGAGUGUGCUACCCCCACCACCAGAUGGUAGCGCCAAUGAUGACCUCCGGCUGACCUUUCCAGUGCGAGAUGGUGUUGUGCUGGAGCCAUUCCGGUUGGAGCAUAAUCUUGCUGUUAGCAACCACGUCUUCCAGCUGCGUGAUACGGUUUACAAAACACUGAUGAUGAGACCUGAUCUGGAGUUGCAGUUUAAAUGCUACCACCACGAAGAUAGGCAGAUGAACACAAACUGGCCAGCAUCUGUGCAGGUCAGCGUAAAUGCAACGCCUCUGACCAUUGAGAGGGGAGACAACAAGACUUCCCACAAACCGCUGUAUCUGAAACAUGUAUGCCAGCCUGGCCGCAACACCAUUCAGAUCACAGUUACAGCCUGUUGUUGUUCGCAUUUGUUUGUACUUCAGUUGGUCCACAGGCCUUCUGUACGGUCAGUGCUGCAAGGUUUAAUGAAGAAGCGCCUGCUUCCUGCAGAGCACUGUAUCACCAAGAUAAAAAGAAACUUCAGUAGUGGAACAAUACCUGGUACCCCUGGACUUAACGGUGAGGAUGGGGUAGAACAGACUGCCAUCAAAGUGUCGCUGAAAUGUCCCAUUACAUUCCGUCGGAUCCAGCUGCCUGCCCGUGGGCAUGACUGUCGACAUAUACAGUGCUUUGAUCUUGAGUCCUAUCUGCAACUGAACUGUGAACGAGGAACCUGGCGUUGCCCUGUUUGCAAUAAAACUGCUUUGUUGGAAGGGUUGGAGGUGGAUCAAUACAUGUUGGGAAUCCUUAUUUAUAUCCAGAACUCUGACUAUGAGGAAAUCACCAUCGAUCCUAUGUGCAGCUGGAAACCUGUCCCCAUUAAGCCUGAUCUCCAUAUCAAGGAGGACCCAGAUGGACCACUGCCCAAGCGCUGUCGAAGUAUGAGUCCUAGUCACAUGAUCAUGCCCAAUGUUAUGGAGAUGAUUGCAGCUCUUGGGCCAAGCUCCUCUCCAUACCCUACUCUGCCACCAGGGGGAAGCAAUACCACACCAGACUAUGCAGGCCAGAAUUCAAGCUACUCGAACCAGCCAAAUUUCACCGACUUCCCCUCAAACAACCCUGGCACUCCAUCCUUAGGUGACUUCACUCCUGGACCACCCCCUCUUUCAUAUCAGUCUGACUUGCCAAGUGGAUUGUUGACCCCUGAGAAGCCACUUGGUCACCCCUUGUCAGGACAGAUGUCACAUUCGGGAAGGCUGGACCCAUCUCACAAUCCAUUACAACAGCAAAGCUUACACGGAAAUCCUCAUCUUGGCAGCCAAGCUGGUCCUCCCCUUCAUGCACGCUCCUCCUCUCAGAGUGCUCGGCCUCAACAGGCAACUAUGAGCGUUCAUGGGCAAAAUGAUAAUUCCUUUGGUUCUGGUCUUGGAAUUCCACCAGGACCAGCUGGUUCUGGAGAAGUCCCAGAAGCUUCCCUUGAUGUAAGUUUGACAAUGAAUCUCACUGAAUUAGAAACUUAUUAUUUACCUUGUACAGCAAAUGUUGGCAAUGUCCAUCUUGGAUAGCCACAGUGGACUAGC